AUGCACCAGCUGGUGCUUCUGUCAAUCCUCGGAUUCCUGGAAGCCAGGUCUGCCUUCACUUCCGACAAUUCCUUGAAGGCUCUGCUUUUUUGGCCGGUGGACAGCGCCAACCGGACACAGGAAAAUGUCGUACGUAAUGUGGCGUAUGCACGCCGCAUGGGAGGACGUCAAUGCUGCGAUGUGAUGCUGGCGCAUUACAAGGGAACCUCCGAUGACUGGAACAAAGAGUGGUACCUGAGCGAAGUGACGAACAGCUUCCACAAAAGCGGCUAUAAAUUCAAGUUCCUGCAAGCAUAUCGAGAGGAAUGGCAGCAGAAGUACGAAUUCGUUUGGGCGCUUGACAGUGACAUUGACUUCACCGGGGUGAACCUGGUGGAACUGUUCGACUUAGCUCGUUCCUCCGGCUCCUUGAUCGUUGGGCCGACCUUCGCGGGAGAGCAGGCGUGGAAGACCUAUGCCACGGAUUUGAUGGCACACAAGGCGCUGUUGCGGAGCGACAACAAAGAAGACCACGAGAUCAAUGUGCUCGGAAAGCCAGAUCCACGUUGCAUGAUGCGGCACACGGACUUUGUGGAGAUGACGGCGCCCCUGUUGUCAUCUUUGGUUUUGCCACUGAUUCUGAAGGAUUGUACAGACUGUAUCCAUGACAAUGCAGAAUGGGGUCUGGACAGGGUCUGGUGCGAAAUGGCAUCUGAGCGCUUCUCUGUUUCUGCCUGCACCCUGCUGGACGCCACGCCUGUGCGCCACUUGGAUUGGCACACGGCCAAAGUGACCCCCGCCUUCAAAGACGCCGAGAAGAAGGUGAAAGCCAAGCCCGGAACGCCCAGCAGCCUGUGGAUGGUGAUGGGCAUGGUGGAGAUGGAUCAAAAGGUACGGGAAAUACUGGGCCCAAGUGAGAAACCUGGAUCGACGGCCAUGGCAAUACCAGGGAGAGGUGAGAUGCAGCGUAGGUCUUCACGGAUUCAACUUCAAGGUGUCAAGGCUCACAAUGCCGAAUCCAAGGGCGGAAAAAGUGACAUCGACUUCACCGGAGUGAACCUGGUGGAACUGUUCGACUUAGCUCGUUCCUCCGGCUCCCUUUCCCCCGAUCAGAUGCUCCGGUCCGUCUUCCACUUUGCCGGCAGAGCCAAGCCAGCGCUGCAUGGGGGACUUCUAGUAGUGCUUCUAGUCUUGGCCCCCGCUACACGUGCAGCAUUUCCUCACAGCGGCACGGACGUGAGUUCCAUGGAAGAUCUUCUUUCAGAUUUGCAGUACGGUCCACAGGCCGUGCGCAAGAUCAUGGCGAUGCUUGGGCCCAAAUGGGACGGUCCUGUGACUUGGCCUCCAGGAAAAACAGUCAAGAUCGCCUUCCACGAGGUGGAUACCGGGAAAGAGCCCAAGAUUUUUGUGUGGAAACCAGAAAGUGAAGUUUCUUUUCGUGAGAUCAUCAUGAAACAAGCCGCCAUUCGAGACUUUGAGAUUUCCUAUCAGGACAAAGAUGGAGACAGGGUGCAAUUAGAUGCCACAAAGUCUGCCAUUGAAGCAUUCCUUUCCGAUCACAGCCAUCACCCGAGCCCCAAGCUCCUGGUUGUGUGGCGCCCGCCCACGACUGGCGAGACCAUCCAAAGCACAGUCAAGAAAGCCAAAAACUGGUUGAUUGGAGGGGGUGGUGCCACAGAUCAAGCUGUGCAAGAUGCACAGGAGAAGGUGGCGAAGCAGGGUGGAAAGAUCGCUAUGAGCUCUGGUUCGGGGCGAAGCUUGGUUGAUCACAAGGGCUACCGGAAAGAGCUUUGGCCAGCGGCAGUGAAAGGGCUAGCAAAACAGAUGGGACUUUCCAAAGAUCAAAGAGAAGCACUCCAGAGUGCGGGACUUUGCGAAGAUGCAAAAGCUCAGCACUUUGGCGAGGACAUUGUUGGCAACAAGAUAGUCACUCAGUUCUCUGCCUACCACAUCGUUCGCCGUGGCGACAAGAUCGACGUGGUCUAUGGGAAGCACGUGGAGUCCAUGGAGGUGAGCGGAGGAGGGACAUCUUUGCCAAGCGAGAACUGCAUCCAGUACAAUGACACUCUCUUCGCCGUGUGGCCGCCGGGAUCUCCACACAGCACGACAGAAGCAAGUGACAUGUAUGGUUUGACAGUAGAGAUUCCUUCUGGGUGGCAGGUUGUGGAUUCGUCCCAAGAAGGCUUCGACAACAUCCGGCAACGGGUGAUCGCUCCAUAUGGGUGGCACACAAAUCGCCUCCUGACCAGCGGCCCAGACGGUAAGCUGCAGGGAUGGGGCACAGCUAAUUGGGGCAGCUCCGCUGGAGGGCAAUGGACACCUGACAAGAUGGAAGACUACGUCGAGAAAAAGGACGAGUUCCGCUUCCACUUCAAGGAUUACAGUCUUCGCCUCCUGAUCCAGGCCCAUCCAUCCGCCAACCAUGAGCUGGUGAACAACUGGAAGCGUUACGUGCAGCUUUCAGCUCAGCGCGAGUGGUCUCAGCGCUUGGGCAUGGCACAUGGAGGAGCCAUCGAGGAAGGAUUGUACAGAGUCUCGGUCGAAUUGAUCACUGCCGCCUGCACCCUGCUGGAUGCCACUCCGGUGCGCCACUUGGAUUGGCACACGGCCAAAGUGACCCCCGCCUUCAAAGACGCCGAGAAGAAGGUGAAAGCCAAGUACGGGAAAUACUGGACCCAAGUGAGAAACCUGGACUGCAUGCUGGCGCAUGAGCAACGCCGGGUGACGAUCGACGGCCAUGGCAAUAUCAGGGAGAAGUGA